AUGGAUGAAAAGCCAAAAAAAUUAUGGAAGUAUGAUGAUAAUUAUCAGUACCAUGUUACAAUUCCUACUAUUGAUUCAACUAUUGAAUCAGAAAAUGUAGAUGAAAGAGUAGUUUAUAUAGGAGAUUUAGAAAAAAGAAAACAAGCAUAUGGAAUAUGUGGAGAAUGUAAAGAACCUGGCACAGGAUAUAAUUGGUGUCAAUCUUGUAAUGCUAAAAGAUUUAAUGAUAACUUUAAAAAUUGGACUAGUGGAAAUAAAGUUAUUGAUGAAUUUAUACAGCAAUCACAACUUAAUGCUGUAUAUUAUAAAAAAUAUCUUGAAUGGAUACCUUUUGAAAAAUUUCAAAAUAUCACUUAUAUUGCGGAAGGUGGUUUUGGUUAA